AUGAUUACAAUAAAACACAUUUUGAAUGCAAAUGUUGUGCCGAAGAGAAGGGAUCAGUUGACUCACGAAAUGGUCGGACUCUCUGUGCUCUUUGCAUACGAAAUGAUUUCGUUUUUUCGCUUAUCCGAAAAGAUCACGAAUUACUGUAAACAUGAAAUGGGAGGCAAAGACCAGAGCUAUGAAAAUAUCGGUCUUUGUAUCUGUAUCUAUGGCGUGGAUUUACUCUUCAAUAGGGAUAGUAGUAGUAGUGGUGGCGAUGAAGAACUGGAGGGCAGUGCAUGUGCUAUGAAUGCUUUGAAUAAAAACUCCUCUGAAUGCCAUAAUAUGGCGGUCGAGGAAACCAAUUCCAAUUGUUCUUCGCCUAAGACUCAGGAAGAAUAUGCCGAUCGUAUCACACGAUUGCAAAUGGAAUAUCUCAUACCUUUAAAGGAGGACCUGUCAGAUUGGCUCAACAGAAUACUAGGUUGUUAUUAUUAA